GCUAAUCUUGGAGACAACUUGUUUUACCAAUUGUUCAAGUUUGAAGAAGAAACAGUCUUGGUUGAAUGAGUAAACCAUAAAGACUUUCUCAUCUUCUUUAAGCAAAUGUAUAACAUCCUUGUGACUGACUACAGAAUCAUUAUUACUGACAGCAGUACCAAUCACGAGCAAAGGACCAUUGCCUUGGGCAUGCUUGAAGGCAUAACAAAAUCAAGACAAUCCGACUACGUUGUUCUGCACUGAGGAGGAGAAGAGCAUGAGAUAAUGGAGAUUCAGAGAAAAGAUAUUUUGAUUGAUAUGGUCAAGAGAGUAUUCUCCACCUUGACUAAAUAGAAACUUACCAAUAUUUGUAUCGGUUAGAAAGAAGCUAGAUGAAUAAAUAACCUUAGUUUCAAAGCUUAAGGUUUUAUAAAUGUCCAAUUCUCAAAAUAAAGAUAACCCUUAUUUGUGAUAGCCUUCCAAUUUUAUUAUUUCAAUUUUGAUCUUAUAUGUGACUUCUAAAGAAGAAGCUGAACAAAUAUCAGCAAGAUGCCUGACAUCAGUUUCAGAGACAAGACAGAACGGCUUGUUUACAAUUCAUCCUCCUCGAAAGAGGAAGAAGAAGAUGGAAACAAAGAAAACGAGACUGACUCCCCUGAUAACUUUGUUUUCAAAAGGGAUCCUCCUAAGAAGAAAUAAAGAGAAAGACAGAAUGGUUGAUAUAUACAAUAAAUCUGACCUCAUCGAUAUCGAACAGAAGAGGAUGACCUCCUCUGGAUUCUCAGAGACAAUCUUUAGCCGCAAGAAGAGUGAAAAAAGAGAAAAUAGAAGGUUCAGAUACCACAAAGAAGAAGUCAAAGGCAAAAUUGAGGACACCGUAGCGAUUGAGGUGCUUAAUGAGGAGAACUCAGAGCUAUCUUUUGAAUCCUGGGAUGUCGAUGAUUGUUAUGCCCACAAAGAACCCAAGCUUGAAGAUUUAAAAAUUAUAAAAGUUCUUGACAAGGGGUCCUUUGAUUUCAUUGAAGGAGGAAAUCUUUAUCAAAAUAUGUAUAAAGUCAAGAGGUUUAAAGAGCAUCAAGUAAAGUUCUUUGCAGCCCAAUUAGUUCUAGCUUUCGCAUUCUUACAUGAUCAUGGAAUUGUUCAUAGAUAUUUAAAACCCGAGAAUGUCUUACUUGGAGCUUAUGGAUAUCUAAAACUGGCAGACUUUGGGAUUGCUAAGCCUUUGCCUAAAGAAAAUCUAUUUACUUAUAGUUUCUGAGGAACAACAGAAUAUUCAGCUCAAGAAAUAGUCAGAGAUGAAGGGCAUAGCUUUACAGUCGACUUGUGGACUCUUGGGAUCUUAGUUUAUGAACUGAUAACUGGAAGGACACCUUUUCUACAUAAAAAUACUCACCAGACCACAAAAUUAAUUAAAAAGGGUAGGAUAAUAUUCCCAGACCCUGUGAAACACAAGAUAGACAUGUCUGAUAACUUUAAAGACUUCAUAGUCAAGCUAUUACAUAAGAAACCAAGCAAGAGACUUGGGCUUAAAUCAUCAAAGGCUGUAAUCAAUCACCCUUGGUUCAGUGACAUAGACUGGGAUAAGUUAAAGAAUAAGAGGAUUAAGUCUCCAUAUAUGCCAGGAAUUAAGGAUAAAAACCUUAAGUCUCAUAUCCUUUCAGGCAUUUCAUCUGGCCUAGGAUUUAACAAGAGAAGAAGAGAUGAUCAAGGAGAUGUUAGUGAGACCAGUUUAGCACCAAGCAAGCUUGACUUAGUCAGGAAAAAUAAACACAAAUUCGAGGAUUUUUAA